GAGAUCACUGAUCAUCGUCAAGGACGUCAACACACAACAUUUACUCGACAAAAGUGUCUUCAGCUAGGUGCUACAUUUCUACCGUCUAGCCAACUAGAAUUACACGUCGUAGAUAACGCUGCCACCAGGCCAUUGGCCACCAGGCAUUAACCGUCACUUACGAUUUCACCUGAUCCAGGUUUCUUCCUCCCACCCACACACGACAGAGAGAAAUGAUAUGAGUCCGUUGGCCAACAACAGUCGGUUGCUAGUGAUUUUGGGAGACGCCGUCAAGGAGGUUCAGCUGUGUAUUUCAUGUCCCGGUGGCUGCAAACGCUACGAAAGUAACGUUGCGGCUCGUCUCAUUCACGCUCUCGAUCACGCGCUUCUCGAUGGCUUGCGCAAUCCGAAGCACGGCUAUUGGCCCGUCUUUUCGGCCAUUCUUCCUCCUUCUGCUCUUUCUUUCGUUAACCAACUUUCUUCCGUCACUAACAGUAUCGGCAAAGGGAGAGCUUGGCUUUUGCUUUCACUGAACGAGGCCGUCCUCGAGGCUUUCCUCGCCACUUUGGAAGAUAGGCCGUCGCUCUUGUCCGACUAUUACCUGCCCGACGCUCUGCUUAGAGAUCCGACAUCUUUGCAGGUGUUGAUCACCCUGGUUUCCGGCUUGGAACAUGUUGGCUUUGAUUUCCUGCUAGAUAGCGCAUUUCUCAACGCCAAUCAACCGCAAUCGAAUGGCGGCCCAUUUGUGAUUGAUUACGAACGAUGCGAGUCUCCUUUGGAACGAUUUGAAAUCUCGACGGAAUCCCGACAGGAGGCGGAGGACGGAAUUGUUGGUGGAGACUCGACGAAUAAGAUGGACGUUUCAAUUUCAGGAGAGACGACAGCCAUGCCGGCGCCCGUGAUGAAGAGUCCACUAGUCAAACGACGCAGCUCCAAUCGGAGCCAACACGUCCGCUCGUCGACGCACAAGAGGGUGUCGUUCCAUCAGGAGCUGAUGCAGCGACCCUACGACCCUACGCAGCUCCAGCACGCAACUAGCCAGAAUUAUCUCAACAUUAGCAGCUACGUGGACGAUAGGACGAAUCUGAUGAAUCUGCGUCGCUAUCACAGCGAAUUGGCCAUCGACCAGGCCGGCGGCUCCAGCAGCCUGGCCAAGUAUCCAACGAUUGCCGAGAGGGGUGUUCCUGAAGGCCAAGAAGAUCCCGAAGGUCCCAAAGAACGACCACCACCGGAGCAGUUCCUGCAGAAGGCUGUCCUCCGGCGGAAAUUGUUGAUGGUCGACCAACCCAAAACUCCUCCUUUCCCUGCAACGAAAGAUAAACGCCACUAUUUGGACUGGGCCAAACAGAAAUGGGAGGAUUUGAAUCUCUUUCCUUUCCUGCCACAUUUGAGUCGAACGAAUCUUUCGUCCAAUCUCCCGGAAAACGAACCGCUGGAGGUUGACGUUCCACAAACUGAAGAAUCUCUUCAAACUCUUCUUGUUCCCAUCGAAAUGAAUCCCAACGAACGUUACAAGAGUUUCAAAUGUUUCACGAAUUUUUAUUCGGGAAGUCCUCGCUCAAGUCAACUCGUCAUCAGCCAGACGAUGGUCUACAUCGUGUCCAGCAUCAGCACUAGCCCCGAUAACAGCCCGUCUGUCGUGUGGAAAAGCCAAUUGAUUGAUUUGAUAGACGUCAAGGUAAACUGGAAUUAUUCCGUCUUGGUUUUGUGUUCAACAUCGAUGGGAGAUGCCGGUCACUAUUUUCUGGAUUUCGCCGAUCCAGCAGAUUUGCAAACGGCCGCCAGUUUAAUAGACGUCAACCUUCGAAGGAUCCGCAAGGAUUUCCAGUGUGUCUACGUGGAAUCGCUGUCACAGUGCCAAAGUUAUUGGCAAUCGCGGGUUCUCCGGUGGAUCGAUCAAGACGAUCUUUCAGCUGGCACCAAGUGCACGAUAGAUAUCGAGUACAUCGGGCUGUUGUACUUUGAAGAAUCGUUCGUGUUGCAGAACCAUCAGGCGUCUCCCACUUCCGGUGCGGGACCAAACAAAAGUGGCCAUUUAAUGUUCCGUUGGUCCAACAGCAGAUCCUGGCACGCCGGUUAUUUCAUCAUCAAAGGUGGAGUGUUGUACCAGUUUAGUCAUCAAUCCGACCGUGUCCCAGUGAUGAAAAUGUCUCUCAGCGAAGAGGAAUGCAAAGGAUACGGCCGGAAUUUCCAUUCUCGUCGACCGCACACUAUCGAGCUUCAAUUCCGUGAGGAAAAGUCUUUACUCUUGGCCGCCGCUUCUGAAACGGAAGCCACUGAAUGGCUGACGUCCCUGUCGCAGUCGUCGUUCGUCUGGGACAACAUGAUGGACACUGUCGCCUCGCCUUCCUCAGUCCAGCAGCACAGGAGUCCCAUCGCUUGCGGCGUCCUCGUCACUCGCCAGCAAAUCUUUUUAUUUCAAUCCGCCCAAAUGGAUCAACUGCCCGUCGCUUCGGCUCCGCUCGAUUUGAUUUCCGUCAUCAUGAUCAGCCUGACGGACACGUUUUGCUUGAUUGAGCUUGAUUAUCGAGAAGCCAGCGAAGGAGCCGGUGAUUGGAUCCUUUAUUUUCAGUCUGAAAAUAGUUUCCAAGAAUUUUUGCGAGCCACCAAACGACCCCGCGAGAUUCUUUCGGCCGCCUCGUCGUCGACUUUACGCAAUAAAAGUUUGUUUACUAUUCGUUGGCUUUUUUUAAAGCCCGUUUCCUUUAAUGGCUACACGCGAUGUUUUUUCCUUUGAAAACUGUUGCUGAUUGCCGCUUUAUAUUCACAGUUGCCUCGUCACUCAUAAAAGAAAAUCUUCCUGUUUCAAA